AUGACGAUUUUACCGAAUCGAUCAUCGGAUGGCCGAAAGAAAGAUCUACGAGAUAUUCGAAAGAAUAAUAUUAUUAGGCAAAGACAGCGCGAGACAACAAGUGGAGGCGUUGGUUCGACCCGAUCGUGGAACAUUGAAAGGAUCCCAGCUGAACCCAUUGGCUCUGUUCAUCGGAAGAAAAUUACUCAAGAAAGAGAUCGGACUAGGACAAAUGCGGGAAAUGGUUCUUCACGUCGUUCACCCGUUCAUUACAAUAGCGAUGAUGAGAAAAGCUCAAAACGAUCUUUUCGAGUCAAUUCAGAGCUGGAACGAACUUUUGCCGAGACUCUUCAGCGAGAACGGGGAUUUCUGAUUCGAGAGAUUGUCGGCGAUGGGAAUUGUCUUUUCAGGGCUGUUGCUUAUCACGUCUAUGCGGAUGAAGAAAUGCAUGCAGAGGUGCGACGACUUUGUCUCAAUUAUAUGGAACAAAAUCGAGAUCACUUUUCUCAAUUUAUCACUGAAGAUUUUUCCGGAUACUUGGCAAGGAAACGAAAGCUGAAUAUUCAUGGGAAUCAUUUGGAGAUCCAGGCUUGCUCUGAGAUGUUUGCUCGGCCGGUUGAGAUCUAUGAAUACAGCAUUGACCCAUUGAAUGUCUUUCAUCCAAUUCGUGGCAGUCCGUCCUCCCAACAACACCCGCAAUCGCCAAUUCGAUUGAGCUAUCACGAUGGAUGCCAUUAUAAUGCCGUCUACGAUCCACAACGCUCAACUUUCGGUGUCGGUCUCGGUUUGCCCGGGCCGGAACCCGGCCAAGCCGAUCAGCAUUUAAUGCAAGAUGUUUUAAUGCGUUCCGAAACUGAUGCCCUUGAGAAAGUGAUGCUUGAGGAUAAACUUCGACUCACCGAUUGGCAAUUGACAGAGGAUGAAUUGACACAUCAAAUAGCUCAUUCUUCGUAUGUGGAGUCAUUGAAAACGAAACGGAAAAGCCCAACAGUGACGAGGAAGAAAAAUGGGGCUGUUGCGACGUUGGAUCGACCCCGACAGGGAAAUAUCUCUGGUUCACCGGGUCCUCAUUCUUCUUCAGCUAUGAGAAAUGAAAACGAUCUCCGACGAUCGGCAAGCCCGUCACCAGGUCCAAGUCGAAUGCCUCCAACGAAUAGUGGGCUGUAUGCGGAAUUGUUGGCUAUGGAAGCAAUGUCCGGUUUCGAGACAACAGAUCGAGCCGAGGACGAUCUAAAAAUGACGGUUUCCCCAAUUAAAAACGCUGACGAAAAAAAGAAGGAUCGCGAAAAGCACAGGAGUGCUCGCAUUCGACAAAGACAACGUGAAACAACGAAUGGAGGAGAGCGAAAGAAAAUGGUGGAUCGCGCUAGAACGAAUCCAGCAAGCGCUACCUCUCGUCUCUCUCCAGUCCACGACAACAGCGAUGAUGAGAAAAGUUUGAAAUCGCCACGCCCUAGAGUUGAUCCUGAGGAACAGAAUCGGGAUCACUUUUCCCAGUUCAUCACAGAGGAUUUUUCCGAAUAUUUGGCAAGGAAACGAGCAGAGAACGUUCAUGGGAAUCACUUGGAAAUUCAGGCAAUUUCCGAAAUGUAUGCUCGUCCUGUAGAAAUUUAUGAAUACAAUCAUGAACCGCUUAACGUCUUCCAUCCAGCAAUUAAUCCAUCGGAUGACAAUCAACAAGCUCCGCUCCGAUUGAGCUAUCAUGAUGGGUGUCAUUAUAAUGCUGUCGAAGAUCCUCGAUGUUCGACUUUUGGUGUUGGACUUGGUUUAGCAGGACCCAAACCCGGUCAAGCAGACAAACACUUAAUCCAAGAGAUUCUGAAGCGUUCUGAAAUGGAUGAUUUGGAGAGAAUGAUGCUUGAAGACAAAUUGCGAUACACUGACUUGCAACGCACCGAAACAGAGCUCAUGCAACAGAUUAUUCAUGCGUCAUAUCUCGACCACUUGAAAUCGGGAUGCAAAAGCCCUAGACCAGCCUCGGCCAUAAAGAGCCAUAAGACUCUCUCGCCAACUCGUCAAGGAUAUCAAAUGAAGUUGAAGGGUCAAAGUCCUGCUACUUCACGUCAGUCUUCGUUCAAGAAAGAGCGCGUGGAAACAAAUAAGGCAGGCAGCAAAGAAGUCGGAUUGUACGAAGAACUUCUGGCAUUAGAGGCAAUCACGGGGUUUGGAUCGGAAGUCGAGGAGGUCGAUGAUGACGUUUUGACUCAAGCGCUUCUACUUUCUCGCGAGGAUUUUCUCCGUAAACAGGACCGAGAUUCUGAUCCUUCA